AUCCAAUCAGAUUCUGACAGAAUUAAUUAAUACGAAAAAACGACUACGAAAAAUUGAAGUUACUUCUUCCUCUUCUCGCUCUUUCUUCUUCCCUCUUCUCUCACCUUUCUUCUUCCAUUUAUCUUCUUCAAAACCCGAAUGCCACUUCUCAAAACCUCAACAAACAAAAACCAAACUCUUCUUCCUCUCUAAUCUCUCACAAAUUUCAUUUCAUUUAAUUUCAUCUCCGGUGAAACACCGAUGGCCGAACAAUUUUCCAGCUCCGUCCAAUUCGGCCUCAACCUCUCUAAAAGAAUUCAUCACACUCCGAUGCCGUUACCGGAGAUGACGAGGUCGUCGGAGGAAUUUUUACCGACGGCGCCGAUGUGUUAUGCGGUGAUACCUGAUCCGCAAGUAGUAGAUAAUCCGGAUAUUAGAAGCUAUCAACCGUAUGUGUACGGACUGUGUGAUCCUCCGGCGUUGAUACCGCUUCAGCUUCAAGGAAUUGAAAUGGAAGUUGAGUGUUGUUUGGAUACGGCGUUUGUGACGGUUACAGGACGGUGGCGCGUGCACUGUGUUACCGGAAGUAGUUUGUGUGAUUGUCAAGUUGCUAUUCCAAUCGGAGAACAGGGUUCACUUCUAGGUGUCGAGGUUGAUGAUUCUGGAAGAUCCUAUCACACUGAAUUGGUUUCUCUGAAAGAUGAAAAAGAUAAGCAAAAAAUGGCCAAAUCUAAAGAUGGAUACUUUUUGAAAAGCCAAAUAUACAUUGUUAAGAUUCCACAGUUUAAGGGAGGCUCCAUCUUUUCAGUUAAGAUGAAAUGGUCCCAGAAAAUAUUAUUUCAUGAUGGUGAAUUCCGUCUUACCGUCCCUUUCUGUUUUCCUUCAUAUGUCAACCCUGUUGGAAGAAAAUUUUCCAAGAAAGAGAAGAUAUUUUUGAAAUUGAAUUCUGGUACUGCAAAUGAAGUGUUAUGCAAAGCUACUAGUCAUCCACUUAAGGGACUAAUGAGCCAAGCUGGAAAAUUAAGUUUAUCAUAUGAAGCAGAAGUACCAGCUUGGUCAAGUACAGACUUCAGUUUCUCGUACACGGUUUCUUCAAGUGACAUAUUUGGCGGUGUUCUCUUACAAUCCCCUUUCCUGCGUGAUUUUGACGAAAGAGAGAUAUUCUGCCUGUAUCUUUACCCUGGAAAUUGCCAAGAGAGAAAGGUUUUUAAAAGGGAUGUGGUGUUCGUAGUAGAUAUAAGUGCAAGCAUGAAGGGAAUUCCUCUUGAAAACGCAAAGAAUGCGCUACUAGCAUCACUCUCUCAAUUAAACCUGCAAGAUACUUUUAACAUUAUAGCUUUCAAUGGCGAGGCCUAUUUAUUCUCGCCAUCGAUGGUAACAGCUACAAAUGAAGCAAUUUUGAAGGCUUCCACGUGGGUUGACACUACUUUUAUAGCAAAUGGUGGUACUAACAUCAUGCAUCCCUUAACUCAGGCAAUGACCUUACUUCGAAAAUCAAGUGACUCGGUCCCUCUUAUUUUUCUUGUUACUGAUGGGGCCGUUGAGGAUGAGAGAGAGAUAUGUGAAUUUGUGAAAAGCUAUGUAACAAGUGGGAAAUUGGUUCGCACACCGCGCAUAUCCACGUUUGGCAUAGGUUUAUAUUGUAAUCACUACUUCCUGCAAAUGCUAGCACAAAUCGGGCGGGGUCACCAUGAUGCCGUUUAUGAUUUAGAUACAAUUGACAUCCGAAUGCAACGGCUAUUUAGCACUGCUUCAUCAGUUAUAGUUGCUGAUAUCACCAUCAAAAGUUUAGAAGGUCUUGAUUCACAGGAGCUGUUCCCAAGUCAUAUUCCUGACCUAUCAUUUGGAAGUCCAUUGAUCAUAUCAGGCAGAUACAAUGGAACUUUUCCUGAACUAGUUAAGGUUACUGGUACAUUUGCAGAUAUGACCAGCUUCGUAGUGGACCUUAAAGUGAAAAGAGAAAAGGAUAUGCAACUCACUAAUGUCUUUUCAAUGAGACAUAUCGACCUAGUCACUGCUCAUGCUUGGUUAUUAGAAAGUGAAGAGCUGGAGGAGAAGGUUUCUAAAAUGAGCAUUCAAAAUAACGUCCCGUCAGAGUAUACCUGCUUGGAGAUGAUUCUUGUCAAGAAAGACGAUGUCAAGAAGGCAUCGGACAACUUUCUGUUACAAAAGGCAUACAGCCAACUUAGCUUCAAGGGAAUAGAACAUGACAUCCCGAAGUUAUUUCUUGGAGGAUUGAGUCAUGGAUUUGGUGACUCGAAAGCAACUGCUGAGAACAUUCCACCAGCAACAAAAGAAGAAAAACAAGGACUAUUGGAGAUGGCAGCUUCUACUUGUUGCGGUAAGGUAGCUGACACAUUUUGUUGCAUGUGUAUGCUAAAGGCUUGCUCUUUUGUCAAUGAUGGAUGCACCAUAGUUUGUACUCAACUUUGUGCAGCAUUGGCUUGUUUUGAGUUAAUUAAAUGUUGUAUGGAGCUCUGUGACUGUGAUUGUGAUUGCUUGUAAUGAAAUCAUAUGUCAAGUUAGGUGAUGAUUAUGGGGUGCCAACAUAGUUGGGAUGUCAUAGUUAUUAUGUGAUGCCUGUGCACGCUAAUGUUUUAUAUAAAAAAAAAAAAUUAUAUGUCCAGUUGAACAUAAGAUUAUCUGUUUAGUAUUAAAACUUUGCUAAACAGUGUAUGUACUACGUAAGUUAUUGCAUAAUAGUGUCUACAAUUAAUAACA